GAUGAUGGGUAUUAUGAGGAUAUGAUUUGUGGGGUUGAAAUGGUUUAUACAGAAGAGAUUGAGGAGGAAGAAAAGGGCUAAAAGGAAUGAAGGAGACGGGAAGGAAUGGAGGUGCUCGAGACAGGAGCGGUUAUGUCCAUUCUGUGUUAAACCCAGUUGAAAAUCUCACUCAACAAAAGCAAAAGGAAAAGCUCCACGGCCAUUGGAGCCACAAAAGGAGAAUUUCAGCUUGGAUGAAGAAACUCAGAUCCCAUAUAAAGAAUCUUCAUUUAUCAUCAACCCAAGAUCUGAUCAUCAUCAACCCAAGAAAAUCAUCAUUACAAGAAGUGGCUGUUGAUGCCAGUCUUUCCACCUGGUUAUCUUCGUUCAUCAGAAACCGCACCUACGAGCAAGAGCAGCUCAGUUAACUUUAAACCCUCUACGCCUGGAUCAAAUUCAAUAAGAAGCCAAGAAGAUAGGCCGAUCUUAGGUGCUCUUACACUAGAGGAAAUCAGACAGUUCUCUGCGUCCUCUGUUCGACCAAAGAGGUCACCAAGUAAAAGCCCAGAUGAAACACCUAUAAUAGGGACUGUUGACACUUACUGGAACCACACUGGAUCUUCCACCAUGGAUCCUGCUUCUGAUUCUGCUGCUUCUUUGAAAGGAAUACCAAACGCUACCAGCAAGUACAGAGAGGAUAGAGGAGUGAAUUGGCAUUCAACCCCAUUUGAGACGAGAGUGUAGAGAGAUCUGGAAAGUGGUGCUGCUGCGGCUUCAUCAUUGGUGUGUUGAAAUUGAAAAGAUUAAUGAAGGAAUUUCUUGUUGGUGUUUAAUUAUUUUUGUGUUUGGUUUUGGGAAUUUCUGUGUGAAUUUUUUUUGUCAUUGUUGUAAUUCUUUUACUGAUUUGGUAAAUUGUUAAUGCAAUACGAGUUGCAAAUUACUCUUGAUUUGUGA